AUGGGACCCGAGGAGAACACCGAGAUCACCUCAGAGGACUAUCUGACGAUGAUGGGCUUCGUCCUGGGUCCGAGCGGUUCGGACGCCAUCGCCGACUCGCUGAUCACCAUCGAGCUCACCGUUGAAGGCGAGUUGGUCUCCCAGAGCGGCGGCCGCGUCGAGGACGGCGUGGCGAUAUUCGAGGUGCCCCUGCUCGACCUGCUACUCCUGCACGAACCCAUCGAUCUGCAGGUCGUGUUCCGGUAG